GCGCUGGACGCAGCACACCCACGCGCGGGGCGCAGAUCCCUGCGCGCUGCCCCAUCCCGCCCCAGCGCACGCAGGAGAGCGGCGGCGCGCGGAACCGAGAAAAUAGUGCGCGGCGGAGUGAUUCGAUCGUGGGGGCGGGGCGCGCGAGACCAUAUAAGGGACGGGAGGGGGAUGUGUGGCGCAGUUGGAGUCGGGGAAAAAUGCAGAUCUUCGUCAAGACCCUGACUGGAAAGACCAUCACCCUUGAGGUCGAGCCCAGUGACACCAUUGAGAAUGUCAAGGCAAAGAUCCAGGACAAGGAAGGCAUUCCCCCAGAUCAGCAGAGGCUGAUCUUUGCUGGGAAGCAGCUGGAAGAUGGUCGCACUCUGUCUGACUACAACAUCCAGAAGGAGUCUACUCUGCACUUAGUGCUGCGCCUCAGAGGUGGGAUGCAGAUCUUUGUGAAGACCCUGACUGGCAAGACCAUCACCCUGGAAGUUGAGCCCAGUGACACCAUUGAGAAUGUCAAGGCCAAGAUCCAAGACAAGGAAGGCAUUCCACCCGACCAGCAGAGGCUGAUCUUUGCUGGGAAGCAGCUGGAAGAUGGUCGUACCCUGUCCGACUACAACAUCCAGAAAGAAUCUACCCUGCACCUUGUCCUGCGUCUGAGAGGUGGGAUGCAGAUCUUUGUGAAGACCCUGACUGGCAAGACCAUCACCCUUGAGGUCGAGCCCAGUGACACCAUUGAGAAUGUCAAAGCCAAGAUCCAGGACAAGGAGGGCAUUCCCCCAGAUCAGCAGAGGCUGAUCUUCGCUGGGAAGCAGCUGGAAGAUGGUCGCACGCUGUCCGACUACAACAUCCAGAAGGAGUCCACUCUGCACCUUGUCCUGCGCCUGAGGGGAGGGAUGCAGAUCUUUGUGAAGACCCUGACUGGCAAGACCAUCACCCUUGAGGUCGAGCCCAGUGACACCAUUGAGAAUGUCAAGGCCAAGAUCCAGGACAAGGAGGGCAUUCCUCCUGACCAGCAGAGGCUGAUCUUCGCUGGGAAGCAGCUGGAAGAUGGUCGUACCCUGUCUGACUACAACAUCCAAAAGGAGUCCACCCUGCACCUUGUCCUGCGCCUGAGGGGUGGUAACUGAACCAGCAGGUUGUUGCAUCCAAAUAAAAAGUUUCUCUGCACUUGUUCAUUCCAAUAAAGCUGUUGCAUCCACAAAAA